AUGCUUAUAGGUAUCAUUUGCUUAUUGAUUAUCGUUCCAUCACAUGUUAUCAUUGCUCGUCCUUCGUUUGAUUCGAUCUUUCAUUCAACUGGUGCCAAAGUAAAAGCAAUUGACUCAAUUACCGGUCUUCCAGCACAUUCGGAUCUCUUUCGACAUACGAUCGAUAUAACUAACAGUGAUAUUAUACAUGAAAAACGUUUACCCACUAAUGUUCGUCAGAUUAAAUUCCAUGUUGACGCUAAAUUACAUCCAACAGCAUGUAUUGCUCUUGAUCCUAUCGCAUCUCUUGAAUUCGUUCAGUGUCUAUUUGAAAGUCAGCAACAGCUUGUGCUAACAUUUCAUUCCAGUGAUCAUGCUCACGUCAUUUAUAAGAAAUGGAUUGUAUCAGAUGCCAAAUAUGUUAAUGGUGGCCCUGAGUGGGGUUGUCGUAAUGUAACAACAGGUGAGCCAACAGUGAUUUUUCAACGGAUAUCAAUGUUUCGACUCGAAAAUAGACAGAUUAUUAUCGAAACUGUCAAGAAUACUAAUAUAAGUCCACUAUUAUGCUUUACCGAUAUUUCGAUGCACUUAACAUUGGAACAUCGUAAUGAAAGACCGCAAAUAUCAGCGCCACCCAAACAAGAAACUGAAGUGACAUUGCACAAGUCAAGAUCUAUAUUUAGUCAAUGGAGUUUCGAUCCACAAAAGCCUCAUGAUGGAGAAAUCUUUUAUCCCGGACAAACGAUCGAUGUGACUUGGUCGUAUUCGAAUAUGGACGGAACAACUAAUCUUGAAAUCGUACUUUAUCGAAAACGGCUUCUGUUCGACGCUGAAAUAAGUAGAUUGAGUACGAAAAUCAAUGCUGUCCGAUCAUCUUUUAUGGUCCCUGCUACUUUGGACACAUCAUCGAGCGAUCAAUACUACUUUAAAUUUCGCUUUUUCUAUUCAUUGAUACCGUAUCAGAAAACAAGUGCUCUUUUCUAUAUUCCAACGUUACCAUCUAUCAUUCCAGGAACACCACCCACUGUCAACGAUGUGUUUUAUCCAGGUGACACAGUGCCACUAUCCUGGCAAAGUGUGAAUUUUGCAGCGACAUCACAAAUUACUGUACGCUUUUGUCGAGCACGUCCAAUCAUACCAGAUUCUACGUUAGCUACUUUCACAGUUUUGGCUACAGCCAAUGCGUACAACUACACGAUUUCCUCUUCCUUAGAUCGUGCAGAUAAUGAUGAAUAUUACUACUUUGAGUUUGACUAGUCAAGAAAAGUCGUAAACACCGAAGUAGAAACAUUAGUUUCAGAAGCCACUCAGUUGAAUCACGAAUCAGAAACACAACUUUCAAACAUCAUCAGACACAAUGAAUUAUUGUUGUCUGAAACCAUCACAUGUUUAACAACGGCAACAAUGAUCAAUAAUAAAAUUCAAGCAACAAUGAGUAUUAUUGAACAAAUGGCUGUCAAUGAGAUGAGACAAGAAAUCGAUAGUUUAGCUAAAACUAUCUUACCUAAUGUUAUCCUCACAUCAUUACAAUUGUAUCAAUCAUUGGAAUUCAUUGAAAAAUGUUCGGAUGAUGUCAGUGGUCAUAUUAAAGAAAAAUGUCAAGAAAUACAAAAAGGCUUAAUACAAGUUUUGGACAAAUUAAUUGCAUCAGAAUCUCUACGUAAAAUGUAUAAUUUAAGUAAGAAGAAUCAAUUAGUUGAUGAUUAUGAUGUACCUGAAGAUGGUCAGAUUUCUGAUCUCACUGAUCAAGUUCAAGGUCAACAACAACAACAACAAACCAGUCUUGAUCACAUCAAACAACUCAUUCAAGGAUUUGAAGAUUCGAAAUUUGAACAAGGUGAAAUUAUCGGUUAUCCAACAUUACAAAAGUUAGGUAUUCGUCUAGAUAAUCUUUUAGCGAAUUAUGGCAACGAUCUAACUUCAGCUCUCAAUGAUAGCAAUGAAGAGAGCAAAGAUGAAUCCGAUACAAAUUCAUUAUCAUCACUAGCAUUACAUCGAACCAAUGUCAAUCGUGAUGUAAUUCUCGAGAUUAACGAUCAAGGAUAUGUAAAAAAUGAUGAAUCGAAAAAAUCAUCACCAAAAGAAAAUACUCAAUCAACCAAAAAAAUUCAUGUUCAAUUUGGAACAGAUAUCGAUGAAAAUUCAGAAACCACUGAUAGCGAGUCGAAAAAAGAAGAAAGUUCAAAAAUAACCAUCAGUAAACAGCAAUUAGAAAAUUUUCAAAAACGAUCAGCAGAUAUGUAUUCAAGUCUUUUACAAUCCAUUAAUACGUACGAUGUAGGAAAGAUUAGUGAAAAUUGUGAUCCAGAACAUUUACCAACAACAACUUUAGAUAAACCACGAUAUGCUUUAUUAGCUCGAUUAACACGAAAUAUUCAACGAAUACUAUUGACACGUUUACGUUCUGCAUUAAAAAAUCAAUAUACAAAACAACAAGAACAAGUCAUAUCUAAUGAAGAUUUACAAUUUGAAUUUGUCUUCUGCGUCGAUAAUAGUGGAAGUAUGAGUGGAAAGAAAAUACGUGAAGCAUUGAAUACCUUAGUCAUUCUAAUGGAAACAUUUCAUCGUCUCUAA